AAGGACCAGUCCUGCCCAAGCCAGGGGAUGGACCGGGCUGGACCUGUCCAUCUCUGACUGGCCUUCGGGCCUGAGCCCUGCCUGGCCCUCGCCGCACUGCCAACACGCGCAGCGGGGCAAAGGCCGGCAGGCGGCUCCCCUGUGCUGUCGCACUCCCAGGUGUUCUACUACGAAGAGGUGGUGCAGGAGCAGGAGCGGGAGCUCUGCCUGCAGCAGGAGCAGCUCCGAGAGGCGCAGGAGCACCUGGCCAUGGCCAAGCGCAAGAGCAGCUCCACCGAGAGCAGCCUGGAUCUGUACAAGAAGAAAUACCAGGCCGCCUUGAACAGAGCUGGCGAGCUGGAGGGCAAGGUGCAGAGCCUGGAGGAGGAGCUCCGGGACAUGAGCAGCCAGAUGCGGGAGUGUGACGACACCAUCAUCAGCCUGUGCAGCAAGCAGCUGGUUCUGCAGCAGGAGCUGACGGGCAGGAGGAACCAGACGGCCAGGGAGCAGCUGACUCAAGAACUUCAUGCCACGCGGGAGGAGCUGUCCAGGAGCCUUCAGCACCUCCACCAGCGUGAGCAGAGCAUCCAGGGCCUCCGCGAGGAGCUGGCUGCCACGCAGGCCAAGUGCUUGGCAGACGAAGAGACUCUGGUGAAUGUGCAGACGGAGUUUGCCUCCUACACAGCCACUCACAGUCACGCCAACGCCAGCUACGAGAGCCAAGCCGCCAUGGCAGAGAAACUCCAGCAGCAGCUGAGCCACGCCGACGAGGAACGCGCCAAGCACAGCCAGCGGGCCGAGGAGUACCAGUGCCUGGUGCAGGACUUGAAGCUGGAGCUGGUGCGAGUGGCUGAGCAGAAGAACAGCGCCAUGAAAGCUCUCGGGAAGCUGGAGCUGGAGGUGCAGAGCCUGAGGCAGGACACAGCUGCUGAGGUGGAGCAGAAGGAGCUGGAGGUGGCCAAGCUGCAGCAGCUGAUCCAGCCACUGGAGUGCAAGCUCCAGGAGAGCCGCCGGCUGUGUGUGCAGAAGGAGCAGAUCAUGCAGAGGAGGGAUGAACAGCUCCGCCAGGCGCAGGCCGCCAUGCGGCAGGCUCGCAAUGCCCUGCAGCAGAGGGGGCUGGAGGUGGAGAAGCAGCGCGCAGAGGCCAGGAGCCUGGACGCGCGCCUGCAGGAGGCCCAGCGGGAGAGGGAGCAGAGCCAGGCGGCCAGCGACAGCCUGCAGGAGGAGAUCCAGCUGCUGAGACAGCGCCUGCAGGACAGCCAGCAGCAGCAGCAGGCGGCUGCUCAGGAGCUGGUGCAGCAGGAGGAGCAGCUGCUGCUGGCCCAGAGCAGCCUGCAGCGCACGCAGGAGCAGCUGAGCGAGCGCCUGGCCGAGGGCGUCCGGCUGGAGCAGGCCAGCCGCAGGCUGGAGGCGGAGCAGCGGGCGCUGCAGGAGCAGCUGUCCAGCAGCACGGAUGAGGUGGAGCAGAGCAGGAAGCUGCUGGAGCACCUGAAGGCGGAGCUGAGCCAGUGGAAGCAGAGGCACCAGGUGGCUGUGCAGCAGGGGCUGCAACAUCAGCACUCAAUGGCCAAGAUGGAGCUGAAACUGGGGAGCAGCCAGGAGCAGGCGAAAGCCCUGCAGCAGCAGCUCCAGGAGCAGGAAUCCACCCAGCAGGCCCUGCGGGAGGAGCUGAGCCAGCUGCAGGGCCGGGAGGACGAGCUCCAGCAGCAGCUGCAGAGAGCCCAGGAGCGGGAGCGCGAGCUGGCCAGCGAGCGCGAGGAGCUGCAGCGAGAGCUGCACAGCAGCGAGCAAGCGCUGCGGGAGCAGGAGCAGACAAGCCGGGGCCUGCAGUGCAGCCUGAGGCCGCUGGAGGAGGAGGGCCAGCGCCUGCAGGAGCAGCUGAGGCAGUGCCGCGCCCAGCUGGAGAGCACCAGCGGCAGCCUGGGCCAAGCCCAGCAGCGGGUACAGCAGCAGGCGGGCAAGGCCGCGCUCCAGGAGUCGGCCCUGGCCCAGCUGCAGGCGGAGCUGGAAGCCGCUCAGGCCAGAGAGCGGCAAAGCACCCGCACGCUGACUGCAGCGGAGGAGACCAUCCAGGCGCUGACGCUGACAACUGCGUCCUGUCAAGAGAAGCAGACGGAGGCGCUGGAGAAGGUAGGGCAGAGCCGGGGCCUGCCACAGGGACCCCCUCAGCUCCCCUGA